AUGUCUGCCGUGAAGUCCUGGACCAGUUCAUGCACCGAAAGGAGCUGUGCAGAGAGGCAUUCCAUGCUGUCGCUUCGUGGCCAGGAAUCGAAUUGGAUGAUACCGCGAAAGGAUCUUCAGCUUCAAGAGGAGCUCAGCAGGACGCUGAAGAGCACUCUUUAUCGUGCAAGCUGGCAUGGAACGGAGGUGGUGGUCAAGUGCGCAGGUCUUCACGACAAGGAUGCAGCGCUAGCCGUGCUCAAUGCUGGCACUCUCCAGGCCGGAUCAAUCCCAGAGGAGACGGAAGCUAUGGAGAUCGCGGCUGAGCUGCUCCACGAAAUCGACAUUCUGUCAUCCAUGAGACAUCCCGACAUGGUCAUGUUCCUCGGGGCCUGCUUGGAUCCGCAGCUGCCCAUCAUGUGUGUCAUGGAGUUCAUGCUUGGUGGUGACCUCGAGAGCUACUAUCUUUUACAGAGGAAGAAGCACGACUGUGCUGUUUGGAGUCCGCGCCUAAGCACGGUCUUGGACUGGAGCUUGGCAGUCGCUAGGGCGCUCGUCUUCUUGCAUUCCCGGAAGAUGGUGCACCGAGAUCUGAAGCCAAUGAACCUCCUUCUGAGCAAGCACCAAGAGGUCAAGGUCUCAGACUUCGGCAUCAGCCGAGUGCUUUCGCUCAGCGAUGCUUACAGCAUGACAGGCCCGACUUGGGUCCAUGUACCUGUCCGGCCUUGGCCUUAA